GACUCGGUGGGACGAGCUAGGGCCGAAAGCAUCGGCAGCGCUAUCUUCCCCUGGAAUAUGCCAGUAGUUUCGCGAGAUGCUGAGAUUAGCGGUGAGUCGCUUGAAUGUUGAAAGGAAGUUCCGAGAGGGAAGCUGACGUCGGGCAUCUCACUCUAGGCUCCAUUCGUGGCGAUCGCACGCCUCGAAGUCAUAGGUCCCUCUCUGUGGGAAGCAUCAGCGCUCCCGUGCUCGGCCGCCACGGAUCUGUAGCUCUGCCAUCGCCCGCUCGUGAGACCGAGUACGCGCAUGAGGCCGAGGACCUUGCUCAAGGCGAUGAGGGCGACCAAAUGAUCGAGAUCUACGAUAGCCAAGCUGCUCAGAGCGAGUUCCACAAGGAGACGCAGAACUUCUUCAACUUCGCCAAGCGUAUUGCGGUCGAGGUUCAACCUGAGCCUCUGUUUUUCUCGGAUCUUGCGCCUGUAGCUGACUCGAUGCCCACGGUUGCUGCUCAAGCUUUCUACCAUCUUCUACAGCUUGCCACUAAUCAGGAGGUGCAAGUCCAACAGGAUGAGGCUUAUGGUGAGGUUCGCGUUGUCAUUCCUGGAACCCAGGAUCUCUCGACCUGAUCGAUUCUCCGCCGCUCCCGGCCCGUGCGAAGAUCUUGUCACGGAGACUUUCCUCUGCUGAAGCUUCGACGCCAUCGUGUUCCCAUUACUACGCUACAACCGCCCCUUCUUCCAUGUCCUCUCAAAAUCAAGAUGUUACCUCGCCUUCAGGGAGU